AAAUUUGAGUGAAAGAAGACCAAAGAAAAAUUCCGAAAAUAAAAUGAGCUAAAAAACUGCGUAUAAAACUAAAGUAACCACUAAACCGGCUUCUUCGUUCUUCGGUGAGUAGUAAAACCCCAGUCGACGCGCUUCCAAUUUCUUCUUCCUCUUCAUUCAAAAUCCCAUCCUCUCAUCUAAUCAGGUGUCCGGGUUCAUAUCUUUUCUCCUCAAUUAUCUAAAAAACUUAAGCAUCUUUCUUUUCUUUUCUUUUCUUUUCUUGUAAUUACAGGUUAGCAUGAAUCAUGAUUAUUGUAUCUUCUGUAUUUUCUUCUUUAAUGAAAAUUUUAUUUAAGCUCAAUAUUCGCGAUCGUUUGACUAGGUUAAAAUCCUUAAUUAGCAGUCUCUCUCGAAGAAAAUGAAUGAUUUUGGAUAUACAGUGGAAGUGACUGGCCUGCCUACCAAAGCUACCGAGAAAGAUGUCUAUGAUUUUUUCGCCUUCUCUGGUACCAUUGAACACGUUGAACUUGUUAGGUCUGGUGAAUAUGCAAGUACUGCUUAUGUGACAUUCAAAAAUGCUUUUUCUCAGGAGACUGCUGUCUUGCUUAGUGGUGCGACAAUUCUUGAUCAACGUAUAUACAUAUCUCGCUGGGGGCAAUAUGAGGAGGAGUUUGAUUUUUGGAGCCCUUCAAGAAGCCAAGAAGAUGAAACAAGCUCAAGACAACCUCCACUAAGAAGCCAAUUUGUAUCUCAUGCUGGAGAAGCUGUUUCAUUCGCUCAGGAUGUUGUGAAAGGCAUGUUGGGCAAGGGAUAUGUAUUAGGCAAAGAUGCUUUAAGCAAGGCCAAAACCUUUGAUGAAUCUCAUCAAGUUUCGGCAACUGCUGCAGCUAAAGUUGCUGAACUGAGUGAGAGGAUUGGCCUCACAGAUAAAAUCUAUGUGGGGGUUGAUGCUGUUAGAUCCAUGGAUGAGAGGUACCAUGUGUCUGAGAACACCAAAUCAGCCAUUUCGGUUGCAGGAAGAACUGCUGCAGCUGCUGCAAAUGCUGUGGUCAGCAGCAGCUACUUUUCCAAAGGAGCUCUUUGGGUGUCAGGUGCAUUAGAUCGGGCAGCUAAAGCAGCAGCUGACAUAGGUAAUCGUGGUGUUCAUCAGUAAUGUUUUUGUAACAUUACUUUUCUUGGUAUUGUAGAUAAGAACCUUGUCGCAUACGUACACGUAGUUAGCAGUUUGAUGCUUAUAGAGAGCUAAUAGUUACCGGUAUAUACCUAUUCAAAACAGGGAAUGAUUAAAAUUAGAGAGAGCUAUACAUAUAUAAUAUUCACUGAAAUAUGGUUUGGUGGUAUCAUAUCAAAUUUGAGUGGACUUGCAAUUCCAUAGUUCCUUGCUAUGUAGUGCACGACAGGAUGGAUUACGGAGGAAAUGGAUUUCCAUUAGAGUUAGUGGUUUAUCUGGAUUAUGUAUCAUUGACUUUCUUGUUAAAAUGUAUAAGCUUUAGCUGAUAAA